AGGCGGAGCCUCGGGCGGCGGCUGUUCUUAUUUGGCUGAUGGCUUUGUGGGUGCUGCAGAGGCUUUGGGUGCUGAGAAUGGGGAACAAUGCAUCUGCUACUACAGCGAUAUCUAAUACUGCUAUAACAAACCAAAUAAAAGAUGCCAUAUCAGAUAAUUGUGUUGUGAUCUUCUCAAAAAGCACUUGUUCCUACUGUAAAAUGGCAAAGAAACUAUUUCAAGAAAUGAAUGUGAAUUAUAAAGCCAUAGAACUUGAUCGAUAUGAAAACGGAAAUCAUUUUCAGGAUAUCCUUCAUCAAAUGACAGGCAGCCGGACAGUUCCCAGAAUAUUUAUCAAUGGAAACUUUGUCGGAGGUGCUACAGAUACGCAGCAACUUCACAGAGAGGGUAAACUCCUUCCAUUAGUUCAUCAGUGCCAGAUCCAAAGAGAGAGAAACUCAGUACAUUCAUCUGGUUUUCCUUGAUUUUUUAAAUAAAAUGUGACAAUCUUUAAUUUAUAAACCAAGAUUUCACUUUAGCAACCUAUCUGUACAAAAAUGCUUCAGUAACUUUGAAUUGUCCCAAAAUAUAUUGGCCAUUAAAUACAUAGGUUGAAACAGUACAGGGGAUGGUUCCUGGUAGAAAACCAAGCAGCUAGGCACACAAGUGCUACAAUAAACCUUAUCAUAUUAAAUUAAUUCUGGAAACUAAGUUUAAGAGCUAUGCCAACUGCAUGGAAACAUAUAGCAAUACUUCCCAGGAUGAUUUUGGCAUACCUAUGAGCACCUCCACAGUAAUCAGCUAUAUUGUUUGUGUGUGCCCCCUUUCUUUCAAGAAAUUGGGCAUUGGCAAGUUGUUAUAGCAAACAGAAAAAGUGAAGAGAGACUUGGACAAUACAAAAUCAGCAGAUGGAAUGCUGGAAAUAAGACACUGGGAUGCAGAUAAAGCAGUCAUUGACUCAGUUAUUUCUUUCUCUUCAACAUAUGUCCUCUUUAUUUGCUUCCUCUCAUCUUGGAGCUUGAACUUCUGGUUAGCUGCAGCAAAUGAAUCUUUAUGCAGUUAAAUACAAAGAAGGCAUCUGCCUCUUUUUAAAGAUUUAUAGAAAGGGAAUGCCAGCACAUUGGCAAAAAGUAGCUCUGGAGAAAGCAGAGAAUAUAGAUUGAAUAAGCCAUUUUGGAUGAGAUAUAUACUAGUUUUAUAUAUGCCGAAGUUCUACUUUAUUUGUAUUUGUAUUUCUACUUUAGUUCUACUUCGCUUGAACCUACAUGUAUACAACUGAAGUUUUCACUGUCAAUUUACUAGUCUUUGUGCUUAGCAAGUACAAUUCUGUAAAAUCGGUGUUCAUUCUCAGUAGACAUCAUCCCUGCCCUUUUCCCAGU